CUGCCUCCUCUACUGCUCGCUGCCUCGCAACCCCGCCGCAGCCAUGUCCGCCGCAGCUCGAGCCCUCAAGUCCGUCUCCCGCGCCGCCUUCUCCUGGAAGCAGACGGGGCGACCGCAGCAAACGCUGGCUGCGGCGGUGAGCAGGUCGGGCGUGGGGCUCCACUCGGGCGCGCACGCCACCGCCACUCUGCUCCCGGCGCACGCCGGCGAGGGGAGGUACUUCGUUGUGGAGGGAAGGGAUGAUGCGAGGGUGGCGGCGGAGGUGGGGAACGCCGAGGCGCAGUCGCUGCUCUGCACGACGCUUCGGUGGGGUGGCGGUGGCGGCGGCGGCCCGCGGGUGCGCACGGUGGAGCACCUGCUCUCGGCGAUGGAGGCGCUCGGUGUGGACAACUGCCGCGUCGAGGUCAGCGGCGGCGACGAGAUUCCUUUGCUUGAUGGAUCAGCGCAAGAGUGGGUAGAGGCAAUACAAAGCGCAGGUUUGUGUGCCGCUGAGGAUUCCAGCGGGCAAAAGUUGGAGAAACUGUCCCCCGAAAUUCAUGAGCCUGCUUACUUGCAGAGAGAUGAUUGCUUUGUAGCUGCAUUCCCUAGCUCGCAAAUCCACAUCACCUAUGGAAUUGAUUUCCCAAAGGUGCCAGCGAUUGGGUGUCAAUGGUUUUCCACUUUCCUGGAUGCUAAUAUAUACUCGAGCAAGAUUGCCCCUGCAAGAACCUUCUGUAUAUUUGAAGAGGCUGAAAAAAUGCGUGGUGCUGGGCUCAUCAAAGGAGGAUCAGUAGAAAAUGCUAUGGUUUGCAGCAUCUCCGAUGGCUGGCUAAAUCCACCACUGCGGUUCAAGGAUGAACCUUGCCGCCACAAGAUUUUAGAUCUUAUAGGUGACUUCUCAUUACUUGCGCAGAAUGGUAAUCAAGGCUUUCCAAUCGCUCAUAUAGUUGCCUAUAAGGCCGGUCAUGCCCUGCACACAAAUUUUCUGAGCCGUCUAUUGGGGAAGAUAACUGUGGACCAAGAAAAGCUUGAUGGCAAAUGCUGAAAUGUACGGCUACUGUUGUUCACGUGUUGUUGAUAGUGGUUAGAAAGCUACAUUUCAGGAUAAGCACCUGAUGGCCCUCGUCCCAACAAUCAGGGCAGCAUCAGUACUAUACUACUAGUAGUCGAUUAGGACAAUUUUCUUCACCGAAGCUUCUAGCCUUUGUCCACAUUGACAAUUUCCUUCAGAAUCACAAACUGCAUCAUCGAAACUUAUAAGGCACUUUUUUUUUAA